GGCUCCUCUUCGCCGUCGUGCGCUUGGACGCUACCAAAACCAUAUUGGCCUUUGUGUUUUUUCUUUGCUUUCCCGUGGGCGCAGUCACUCCUGACGUCAGGGCGCUGAUUCGUGUUUCAACGCACGCGCGUCGGCAAGCGAGCAAACAGUAGUACCUAAACCCAAGAUGCAGGCCGUCAUGGCGCAACCCCCACAACCCUCCGCCUACGGGGCCGUCCCUCUGCGCCGCAAACCCGUAACCAACCCAGCCGUAGCAGUGCGACCCAUAUCCCAGGCCUACAACGACAAUCAACUUGGUCAUUCACGGACACGAACAACAAGUUCUGGCGUAUUUCCAACCCCCUCACCCACUACCGCAAACAUGAAUUCGCAAUACCCAACCCAGUACCAAAGCAGCCUCCGCCGCACUCCCACCUCAUCCACUAGCUCUACCAACGGCACCCCCAACCGCUCCAACAGCGGCGCUCUUCGUCGCUCUUCGUCAACGCGUUCGGGAGGCAAUUCACCCACUUCAUAUGUUGCCAUGAUGCGCAAGCAAAAAGCCACUGUAUGGUGUGAUCGCGCCCAAUACGAAGACCCGCGUAUGCUCGCCCAGCAGCGUCAGGCCAAGAUGCGAGCAAACAUGGAGGUUGCAGGCGGACCGCACCACGCUCCACCGCGCACUUCUACGGGAGGCUCAGGCAUGACCGGUGGGGUCCGGUCCAAGAUUGGCCGUCAUCACGGCUUGCCAAAAGCAUCAUUGUACGCCCCAGUCACCUAUGCAGGAUCCGGGGUACCAAUGCGAUUGAGCGCUUCAGAAGUAGACGAGGGUGACGACGAGGAUACAGGCUCAAUGAAAAAUGGGCAGUAUCACCACCGCACUGGCUCCGGCCGCAGCUCCCUAGGUUCAGGUCGCCGUAUAUCUUACGCCAACCCAGCCGGUCGCAUAUCCUCCAACAGUACACCGCCACAGAAUUCAUCUCCUGAUGGCGAGCUUGCCGACCUCAAAGAAGAGCCUACUCCUUCGCCUGCCGAAUAUGACGCCCACGCGCCCAGCGACACUAGCUACUUCCACUACACAAAAACAAACGCGAGUACCGGCAGUGGGAGCAGCGGAGAGCGCAAUUUUGGCGAAGUUGGUCAGAUGCCUGCGCCAGGACACUUGAGGGCCCCUGUUGUUACAGACAAGAAGGUCAGCAAAGAUGAUCUGGUCAGGCGAGGUAGUGUGGAUGAGCGGACUAUGACCAUGGGUCCACGACUCUUCGUUGCGAACCCAGACCUCAGUGACUAGCGAACGAGGACAAGAGGCUGUUUAUUAUUUCUGCGAUACCCGAAACAACGAUUUUACUACUGAUACUGAGCUUCACGCAUGAGUACACCAUACUAGAGGAGAGCCGGUCAUCCCACCAAAUGCGAACCAUUGUCGGCAGUUUUUUUUCUCCUAUUCUUUCGUCCAGGACAACAGCGUUGUCAAGUAUUUGUUUUCUUUAGCCGUUACUUCUGUAUUUCUGUUUGUUUGAGCAUCUGCAAAAGCAGGUUUGAGGGAUUGGGAGUUUUGGCUC